CAUCUUCCAAACUGUGCAUCGGCCGCUUCCGACAAGUCUACAAUCGCAACUGCUCGGAACUCGCCUGUGCAACUCUGCGGGUCCUACCGCGUCGCGUAUCUGCUGCUCUUCCUAAUUUUGGUAUGACGUUGUCGUUGCUGUGGUGAUUGCGAUACAGGACUUUGUCACCCCCGUUUAUGCUGUCAUCGCGAUCGAGAGGCAAGGCUGCCAACGCGAGGCUGAUCGAAGCAGUAUCGAUCGACAGCAACCUUAUCUUGUAUAACAAGAGGUCCAAUUUAUCGAGUCUGCUGAACGUCAGUAUCGGCAACAGCCCACCAUGGACCCACGGACGUGGUUCAAGGACCUCACCCCGUACUUCCUCUACAUCGUUUUAGUCGCUACGAUAGGGCCUAUGCUCUUCGGCUAUCACCUCGCAGAACUGAACACACCGCAAGACGUCAUAACAUGCAAGAAGAAGAGCUUGUUUGACACCGGGCUUGACAAGUCGACGCUGCCGCAGUGCAUACCAAUGAAUGACACGCAAGUGGGCAUUGUGUCAAGCAUGUUUACUCUGGGUGGUUUCAUGGGCGCAAUGGCUGCGGGACCAGCGGGGAACAGGUAUGGACGACUGCGCACAAUGAUGGCCACAAUCUUCUUCUUCGUGCUUGGACCUGUCUUCGAAAGUCUCGCCCCAAGCAUAGGUGUCAUGGCAUUCGGGCGUCUGGUUUCAGGCCUUGGCGCUGGCGCGUCCAUUGUUGUGGUACCUAUCUACAUCUCCGAGGUCUCUCCACCGGCCGAGAAGGGCUUUUUUGGCAGCUUGGUUCAGGUCAUGGUCAACUUCGGCAUCUUCACCACUCAACUGCUUGGCUACUUGCUCAGCUAUGGUCAGAUGUGGAGACUGGUCCUGGCUAUCGGGGGUGCUAUUGGAGCUCUGGGAGGUAUCGGUCUGCUUUUUAGUGCUGAGAGUCCUAAAUGGACCGCAGGAGAGGGCAAGGGAAGCAAGGCUAAGAAGAUGCUUCUAAGAAUUAGGGGUGACAAGUUCGACAUUGAAGAGGAAUAUGCGACGUGGGGUGUGCAUGAUGACAGCGAUAUACCUGCCGAAGAGGAGACGCUACUAAGCAGCAACAACGAACAUGGCAUUCGCCCAGCGGUUGAUGCUAAGGGACGCAAGGAGAACCUUAGCAUGUGGCAAGCUGUCGCGGACCCCAACAACCGGAAAGCCAUUAUCGGCGUUGUGGCUGUUAUGAUUGCGCAGCAAUUGACUGGCAUCAACUCGAUCAUCAUGUACGGUGUCACCCUACUGGCUGAUCUUCUCCAGUCUAAUUCAGCGCUGCUCAAUCUUUUCGUAUCGCUCCUUAACAUCGUGGUGACCCUUGGCUGUGCACCGCUGAUUGACAAGUUGGGGCGUAAAUCUUGCCUGCUCACCUCCAUAGCCGGUAUGGGCGUUUCCUCCCUUUUGCUUGGUAUCGGAAUACUCCAUGAAAUCUCCAUUCUCUCAGCCGUAGCCGUUCUCUGCUUCGUCGGCUCUUUUGGAAUCGGCCUAGGACCCAUUCCAUUCAUUCUUGCCGCCGAGCUUGUCGAUACUGAAGCUGUUGGCGCAACUCAAGGGUGGGCACUUGGGGCCAAUUGGAUAUCAACUUUUAUUGUUGCACAGUUUUUCCCCGUGGUGAAUGGAUACCUGGGGAAGGGCAAAAUCUAUUUCAUAUUCGCCAGCGUUGCGCUCUUUUUCUGGCUCUUCAUUGGAUGGUGGGUACCGGAGACUAAGGGAAAGAGAAAUGCAGACGAAGUCUGGGGGAGGAUACCCCGAGUCAGCGAGCGAGAAGACUAGUCUCUCUUGAAUGCGGUCUGCUCUGUUCUUAUGUAUUAUUAUCGCUCUGGUCACGGGCUUUGGCAGGCAACAUCGGAAUGGGAUAUUUGCAUUCGACGGAGUUCGAGGUUCUUGUACAUUGUGAUACCACAUAGGCACAAUCAAUUUCCUCUGAUCUUUUUUCCCUUCAAAAAUCCACUCGUUUCUAUC